AGAGUCUACACCCAGCAACCCAACAGCAAUAUAUUCUUUCUGGCAGACAAGGAAGAGACCCUCAGCUCUUGCAGAAAGGACCUGGAUAAUAUGAGGAAAGAAUAUCAAGACAUAUAGUGCUGUUGGAAACAUUUUUGCUGAAAAAUGUGUGGGAUAUGCUGUGUGGUCAGUUUGACCACUCUGCAUGAUCCACUGGAGGAGCAUGUGCGAAGAAAGCUUAAAAACAGGGGUCCCAGCUGUAGCCAGGACAUCAUAGAAAAAAUCUCAAAUUCAGAUUCCAGUCUUCUUUUCUCUGCCCAUGUGCUUCAUAUGAGGGGUUGCUUGACCCCUCAGCCUCUUCAAGAUGAAAAUGGGAAUAUGCUUCUCUGGAACGGGGAGGUUUUUGGUGGUCUGACAGUAGGGCAAGUAGAAAAUGACACUAAAGUUGUUCUCCAUCACCUGUCAAGCAUGCGGAGCACCUCAGAUUUAGUUUCUUUACUGUCACAACUUAAGGGACCCUGGGCCUUCAUUUACUACCAAAAAGAAGAACACUGUAUCUGGUUUGGGAGGGACUUCUUUGGAAGAAGAAGUCUGCUUUGGAAAUUUGAUCCUGAAAGAGCAUAUUUCACACUCGCAUCAGUUGCUUGUCAGCCAGCAGAAGAUAAUAUUGAAUCCCAGUGGCAUGAAGUACCACCUAACGUUUACAGGUUUGACCUAAGGGACUUUUCACAGUUGGGUACAUUUACUUUUGAACUUUAUCCAUGGGUUUUCCACUUUGAUGACAAGCUAAAUGAUACGCAGGAAUUAAAAUUGGAAGGUCUUCCCAGUUCCGUCUCUGUAAACAGGAACGUUUCUGGACUUUGCCUGACCUCCGCUGUUUGUCCAAUGAACACAUCUAUUUCCUCCCUUAGAACUGUUGAACAAGACCAGAAUGCCUCCCAAACCUCAGUUGAAAAUCUGAAGGAACUUCUUACAAACCCAGCAAAGAGAGAAAUGGUUAACAAGCUUAUUGAUGUUCUCAGUGAGGCGGUUCGUAAGAGAGUACUGUAUCUAGCAAGUCAAGAUCAAUCGGUUGUUCCCUUAAACCAUACCAAAGCUGAUAUUGCUAUUCUUUUCUCUGGGGGAAUUGAUUCAAUGAUAUUAGCGGCCCUUGCAGAUAGGCACGUUCCUGCAGACAAACCCAUUGACCUGCUCAAUGUUGCUUUCAAAAUGCAAGUUGCAAAGGUGCCUCCUAAGUCCUCAAAGAACAAAGACGGUAAUAAUGCAGAUAAAACACCACAACCAUCAGAUCAGCAGAGAUUGAACUGUUUCGAUGUGCCAGAUAGAAUCACCGGUAGAGCUGGCCUGCAAGAACUAAUAAAACUCAGUCCAAAGCGCAAGUGGAACUUUGUUGCAAUCAACGUAACUCCAGAGGAGCUAAAAGUAAUGCGACAGGAACGCAUCUGUCAUUUGGUGCAUCCUUUGGAAACUGUUCUGGAUGACAGCCUUGGAUGCGCUGUCUGGUUUGCAGCUAGAGGAAUUGGUGUCAUAAAUGAGGGCACUGAACAAGAGCUUUAUACAUCAGAAGCAAAGGUGGUUUUGACUGGCAUUGGGGCAGACGAACAGCUGGCUGGAUACUCCAGACACAGGGUGCGGUAUAAAACCUCUGGGCUGGAAGGGCUGGUCAAAGAGCUGGCUAUGGAACUGGGCCGAAUAUCCUCAAGAAAUCUUGGAAGGGAUGACAGAAUCAUCGGGGACCAUGGAAAAGAGGCCAGAUUCCCAUACUUGGACGAAGAUGUAGUCAAUUUCCUUAACGGCCUACCUGUGUGGGAAAAGGCUGACUUGUCUCUACCCAGGGGAGUUGGAGAAAAGCUGUUACUCCGGUUAAUAGCUGUUGAGUUAGGAUUGGGUCUCUCUGCUCUAUUACCUAAGCGAGCUAUGCAGUUUGGCUCCAGAAUCGCCAAGUUAGAGGAACACCACGAGAAGGCCUCCGAUAAGUGCAAAAGACUUGUCACUGUGUAAUUUAAUAUUCUGAAAUGACUGUUGUUUCUUAUACAACAAUAAUUCUCAAAAAGUUGUUUUAAUACAAAUAAACUGCUACAUUUGAAAAUUCCA